AUGUCAACGAUGACAACCACCGUUCGAGGCACUCCAAGCCUCACUGUCGCGCCAACACAGAACACUGCUCCCGUUUUCGAGUUUCGAUGCUUGUUUACACAUGAUCUACGGAAAAAGAAGAAGAUCUGGCAUGAUGGCUCGCUGCGCUUCCAUACCUUUAAUCGCCGUGUCAUGGUUUAUGAUGACUUAAAAAACUACAUUGGAGACGCGCACUGGAGAGAAACGGGGGAGUUCCUCGAGGGAGAGGAGCUCAGGCUGGACAAGGGUGUUAUGGUCCAAGUUGGAGAGCAAAUCGGCCAUACAGAGACAGAUCUAGCUCCAGUCAUCCUGGAUAAGCGACGACUCGAAAUCACCUCCUCCCCUCCUCGUGUGCCUCUUCCCUCAAAUCCCAUGACAUCCGUGCCACGACUAGUGGGCACCGGACCUCAAGCCCGUCCCAAAUCGCUAGCCGCAGUCCUGGGAGCAUCACAGGGGCGUAUUGGGCGAGCUCGGCUACCUGGCCGAUCUUCAUUCGAGCAGAGACAAGACAAUGUUCAGCGGCUGCCGGAGACAUACGAAGAUCGGGCUACAAAGAGGCCUAGGAUAGCUGCAAAUAGGGCAGACAAGGAGAACAGGAUUCAAAUUCCUGCUCCCGCCAGGCCGAUACAAUCUCCGACAGCAGAUGCCACUGGGAAAGUCCAUGAUACCAGAAUCAACCUUCCCUCUCAAAAGAAAACGUUCCUGAGUUCUAAUAGAAACUUGGAAGCCUCUGCCGGUUCGUUCGUUCCACCACUCUCAGCCUUAUCCCACCACGGUGGCGAAUGGAAAGCCAGGGAGCAGCCCACACCGAUCCCAGAAGCGGAAAUCAGGCGAAACCCAUGUUCAUCUCGUUCAACGACGACAUCAGGAAGUGUGCAGAAGAAAGCUGGAGAAUCCUUUCUUUCUGCUCUAAAUUCGGACCAGACAUCCAAGCAGAACACUGCUGCACAUUCUCCCACUGUGCCAACUAGAAACUCGAAUCACACAAAGGUUCCUGCUGAUGAUGCUACUGGGAGCACCCGCCAAUUUGGAGGCCCGGUGAUGACCAAACUUUGCUUCAAAAAUGAGAAGCCAAGGAAAAAGCUCAUAUACAAAGAUUUACUGCUCCGUCCUGGGCAGGAGAAAAGACCAAGGCCAGCAGAUGACAACAGAUAUGCACAGAAGGAGAGAAACAAUCGGCGAGCUGUAGGGGAUUUACAGCAUUCGAGACAAAACAUGCCACCGGACACGCUUGUUAUCGAUCUGCUCAAUGAAGAUGAAGAUGACGUGCCAACAACUGGCAAAACACACGUUUCAGCACAUAUUGAGACUGCCCUUGAAGGGACUCCCAGCCCAGUUCCAAGUCCUCUGUCAUCGUCAAGUCCAUUAUUCGUGAAUGAGUUGUCGUACUCAACUGAUUUCGAACCAUCUCAAUUGUCAGUUUGCGAGGAUUUUAAACCUCCUCAAUGCCCAGAAUUUCCAAGUCAGAAAAGCUUUGACAAACCACUGGCAGAAGGGCUGCAUAGAUCAGAAAUUUCUUCACGAAGAGCUACUGGCAACCUUGAACAUACUCAUGCCAUCGGCGACGAAGCUACAGAAGUAGAUCCGCUACCUCGAAUGUCUUCAAAUCUUACGCUGCUAGAUCAGCGACUUCGGCAUACAUCAGCUGUAGCAGAAAUUCAUUCUAAGGGAGCUUGUAUCCAAUCGCCACUGAAGCAGAGACAGUUUCGCCGGAUCCUCUCCGAAAGUGAUUCCUACACCCAUUGUCGGCCGGAAGUGAGUCCUGUAGAGUUCCCUUGUGAACCAGCAUGCACGACUACUGCCUCUGUCCUGCACAGCGCCAACCCAGGUCAAAAAGCCUCCAGGAGCCCUACAAGGGUACAACGGUCUAUAUCAGAUGUGACCCACCUUGCGCAAAGAACGGAAGUGCCUCAAAGAACCGCAGCUAUAACGCCUGCUGUGGAGGCAUGCUUCGAACCCUGGAGUGAGCCAGAAGCAUAUUUACUAUUCGAUUGGUGGCCUUCAGGCAGAGAAAAACCUUCCUUUGUAAUGGACGAAUCAUAG